AUGCAACGCAUCACCGGCCAAAUCCACCCACUUCUCCCAUCCAAGGUCUUCCGUACAGACGCCCAUGUCUCAGAUGACUUUAUCAACUCCAAGCGCGACAAGCGCAUCAUGAAGCACUCGUCGUUCGUAUCGAGAAUCACAUCCUCUAAAAUCGCAAAGAACAAGCGUCGUCGCCCGAAAAAUAAGCUCAAGACAACGUUGGAGGGCCUGGCUGAUGCGCUGCCGGAGCUAAAGAGCGGCGAGGGAGGCGAAGAAGUGCUCGCGGGCAGGGUGAAGCACAAGAGCUUGAGGAGCAAGAAAGGAGCACUGAAGAAAAAAGAGAAAAUCGUGAAGGGGGAGAUGGAGAGAUUUGGGGCUAGCAUGGCGAAGUUGUCGGCCAUGCAUCGGCAGGAUGCUACGAGAAAAACAACACAGGGUAGGGCUGAUGAAGAUGGCCAUGUAGAGGACAGCGGCGACGACGACGACGAUGAUGAAAAGAUGGCAACGGAAGCUCGUGCUGAGAAAAGUAUUUCGCAACAAAUGUCGACCACGACACCAGCUGCUACAUCAGAUAGGUGGGCUGCUUUGAGGGGUUAUAUUUCGGCAACUAUGGAGCAAAACCCUGCCUUUGCUAGGAAAUAA